GCCAUGAGGGCGUGCGCGCGUCCUCCCGCGGGGACGACGGCGAUGGCGGCGGCGCGCACGCAGGUGUCUGUGACCUUUGAGGAUGUGGCUGUGACAUUCACCCAGGAGGAGUGGGGGCAGCUGGACCCAGCUCAGAAGACCCUGUACCAGGAGGUGAUGAUGGAGACCUUUGGGCUCCUGGCCUCACUGGGUGAGCAUGCAGAAACAACAGCCACAGAGCCAACCCCUUGCCCGCCAGCCGCACAGGAGGGAGCCCUGGGGGCCUCGUGGGUAGCACAAGCUGGGGGCUAG